AUAACCUUAAAGUUGUAGUUGUGUUGACUAUCAGUGUACAUUAUUAUAGUGGUGAAUAGUGGUAAUAGGGUAUAGUGCGGUGAAAAAUAGCGUUCGUACCACGGACCGAAAUGGUUUUGCAGCUCUCGAUCGAUUUAAGUUCUCGACUUCGUCUCAAACUUAAAAACUAUCUCGAGCCGGCAAAACCUCAUUUUCGGCCCUAGGUGAUAAUGGAAGGAAGAAUCUGGACUGUACUGGUGGGUGUUCUGGCAGCUAUCUAUGUGAUGAAUGCGGACGACAAAGUGAGUUUUCCUACAGAUCAUCCGCCAAACAUAUCACAAGCUAGGACCAACAGCAGCAAUGUCAAGGUAGAGGAGGUCCAGGAUGGAGAGGGCCGUCGUGGAGGCAAACAUCUGCUGGACUGGCUCGGCUUAGGCAUCGGUACAGACACAGAUCCCUACCUGGCCCGGGCCAACAGUGCCUGUCUCGAGGGAGAUUUAGCAGAAUGUUUCAAGUCACGUGCACUAUCAAGCCUAGACGAUUUCUUCACACGAGACUCAUAUGAACUUAGUGAGCACAGUCGAGUGGUUCGCAUGCCUGGCACUCAACUGCGACGUUUGGUCCAGGAGCCAUUUGAGUACUCGAAUGAGGCACGAGAAACUGACUCUGAAUGGGACCAAUUCGCCAAAUUUAUAAUGAGGAAGGUAGAACGGUUCAUCAAAUCUUCAGCUAUUGAAGUGAGCAUUCCUGAUGAGAUUUUAGCUGAAGGCAGGUAUGCUCCAAGAUUCAUUGAUGAAAUAUCUGAGGAAAUCAACAUAUUGGAGAACAAAAGUGACAAUAUUCUGUCUCGUCACAAACUAAAGAAGCUCUUCAUCCCGAUGCUGAUCAUCCUAAAGCUUUUCAAGCUGAAACUGUUGUUGUUCCUUCCUCUGAUUCUGGGAUUGGCAUCUUUCAAGAAACUCCUUGGCUUCCUUGCCAUUGCAAUUCCAGGUCUCAUCGGCUUCUUUAAGCUGUGCAAGCCUGACCUUCACCAGAGUUAUGGAAGUUAUGGUCACAGCAGCUUCUACCGCAAGCCUCAGUUUGGUCACAGGCCUCCGAGCUACUUAGUAGAAGGACCAGGCUACGCUUCAUCACUAUAUACCCGGGAACAGGAUCAAGCUUCAUCUGAUAGAUACCCGGUAAGGGAAAACUAUCAAUUCGAAAACCACGCUGCAGCUCCAUCCCCUGCGCCUGUAGCUUUCAGAGAUGACGCCCAGGAUCAUGCUUAUCAAGCAUACAGAGAAUACCAGAAGAAGUAACCCUCUCAGAAAGUAUACACUAAUUGUUGCUCUAGUAUUAGUAAAAAUUAGGUUGUUAAUUAAUUGUUGUUAUUGUUUGUUACAUAUUUAUUUAAUAGUUUGUUUAUCAACAAAAGUAUAUUGUAGCCUACCCAUGUAUAAAAUGUAAAUAAUGAUAAAAG